AUGAAGAAGGAAGAGCAGAGCGAUACGGCAGCGCUCAAGAUAAGAAGGAAUGAUCGAAAUGAUACGGCGACGUUGAAGAUUAAAGAAAGCCAAAGACGCUGCGUUUCCUCAGAGAUCAAAUUCCCCAGAUCUGGACUUUGUUCUCACAAGCUCAAAUCCGCCACGUUCCUAUCAUCGGAGCUCGUCCUAGCUCCCGCCUCGGUAACCAACACGCUCCACUACGACGUUGGCUUCCCGACUGGCCACAUCGGCAUCAAGAGCUUCCACGUCGAGCCCGUCGACUCCUCCGGCCGCCCCAUCCCGCUCUACGAGACGUAUCUCCAGUCUCCACCAUUGGGAUCUGUUCCGAUACGUCGUCCCCAAGGGCACUGGUGGUAG